CGCUUCCGUGACGCAACCCACGGCGCGGGGGAAGAUGGCGGCCCUGGUAAAGGGCUGGAGGUGGGCCACGCGGCCGUUGCUGUGGGUGGUCCAAACCUGGGACCUCGACGGGCGGCGCUGGGUCCGGGCGCUGCGGCGUAGCCCGGUGAGGGUGGUGUUUCCAUCCGGACAGGUCGUGGAACGGAAGCCCGGUCCUGGGAAGCAGCCCCAGAGGGCUGCGGCUGAGGCCAGUCCCUACGAGCAGCGACCAAAGCAGCCGCUUCAGGUGUCCCGAUCCCAGACGCCCUGCACCUGGGAAGAGUCGGGGCUUCGCUAUGAUAAGGCUUUACCCGGGGACAGAAGGCUGAGCAGUGUAAUGACAAUAGUUAAGUCCAGGCCAUUUCGGGAAAAGCAAGGAAAGAUCCUGCUGGAAGGUCGCAGGCUGAUUGCAGAUGCUCUCAAGGCUGGUGCUGUGCCCAAAGUUUUCUUCUUUAGCCGUCUGGAAUACAUAAAGGAGCUACCCAUUGAUAAGCUGAAAGGUGUCAGCCUCAUUAAGGUGAAAUUUGAGGAUAUCAAGGAUUGGUCCGACCUAGUAACACCACAAGGAAUAAUGGGGAUUUUUGCCAAACCUGACCAUGUUAAGAUGACAUACCCAGAGACUCAGCUUCGCCACUUGCUGCCCUUAUUGUUGAUUUGUGACAAUCUCCGUGACCCUGGGAACCUGGGGACGAUUCUGAGAUCUGCUGCUGGGGCUGGCUGCAGCAAAGUAUUACUCACCAAAGGCUGUGUGGAUGCCUGGGAGCCCAAAGUGCUACGGGCAGCGAUGGGUGCACACUUCCAGGUGCCCAUCAUCAAUAAUCUGGACUGGGAAACCUUGCCCAACUACCUGCCCACAAACACCCGGGUCUACGUGGCUGACAACUGUGGCCUUCAUGCCCAGGCCCAGCUGUCUAAUAAAGCCAGUGACCAUGGCUGGGUAUGUGAGCGACGACUUUCAAGGCUGCACAAGUAUGAGGAGGAGGUGGAGGAGGAGGAAGAUGAUCUAGAACCUGGAGCCGGUAAAGCCUGGCUCCCUGAACUUGAGGUCCAGAGCUAUGACUUGGACUGGACAGAGGCACCAGCAGCUGUGGUGAUAGGUGGGGAGACCCACGGCUUGAGCCUGGAGUCCCUGCAGUUGGCCGAGAGCACCAGGGGCAAGCGGCUGCUAAUCCCUGUCGUGCCUGGUGUGGACAGCCUGAACUCGGCUAUGGCUGCAAGCAUUCUGCUUUUUGAAGGGAAGAGACAACUGCGUGUGAAGGCAGAACACUCGAGCAGGAACAGGAGUUAACCACUGAGAGGGAACCUGGAAGUCAGUCCUUGAUUUAAGGGGGUCCCAGACCCUCCUGCAUUGUUAGGAGAUAGGCAGAGGCAGUAACUUGUGGCUUCCCAGGCCACAUCCAGGAGGCAGGCGGUGGGCAAGGUGCUAUUAUAUGGUUACUGGAAAAAUAAGAAUCUCCACGGGUCUUUGCUUAUCCUCAAGAACAACAAGGGUGAGAAUUCUUCCUGAGCUAUCCCUCUGCUCCCUAACAAAACUUCCUCUUGAGAGAACCCAGAGAUCGAGCAUGACUUGUGUCCCAACUGGUGGCAGCGUGGGAUUGCUUUGAUACAUUUGAGGGGAGCGGUUUUUUUGCAGGAACAGUCCCAGGCGGACGGCCUGGACUCACUGCUAUGGGGCCCUAUGUGAUCUAGUUGGCCCAGGACCUCAUGCAGAUGUUCCAUGCCGAUGGCCCGCACAUUGUUCUUGAGCCCCUCCAUGCCCUGUCAGCUUUUAGAAAGUUGGAGAACCCAUAGCCUUUGUGGUGUGCUGAGCCCACCAAGACUGGGGCCUGGCCCUCUAGCUUCACAGAGCCGUACUGCCAGGCCCACCAGCAGGCUGAAUCUGGGAGGCAGCAUGGGGACCUCUACCACUGGAGUCUGUCGACAUUUGUUCUCAACACCUUAGAAAAGUACUAAGAAAGCGGAGGUCACGAACAGAAGUUCAUGCCUUUCCAGCAUGAAACCGGUCUCCUGCAGCUUUGUCCUGGAUUAUUUGUUCCUGCUGAUUCUUGUUACAAAAUAAAGAUCAAUGAAAGAGCAACAAAC